GCGAACUCGGGGAAAGUGCUGGGGAUGGGCAGGACAGUGACUCGGGCAAGGGCUGCUUUCCGCCGCCCCGGAGUCCCAGCACUGCUGCUGCUGCCCGCCCGGACACACCCCGGCUCUGCCUGCUCUUAGCGCCUGCCCCAGCCCGCCCUGCUCCGGGCAGAGCCAGCGCGCCCCCGACCAAUGCAACAAUAAGCCAGUCCCCCCCGCCAGAGGACGGAAGAAGGGGACCGGUUACCGUUGAGGAGGCAGCUGUAUAUUCCACCGAGGGGUAGUGAGUGAGCGAAUCUGGAUCCCACGGACGAGAUGCAGGAGAACUAUGAGAAUGUGAUCUCACUGGCGGAGGAGAUUGCGAUCAGCUGGCCCCGGAUAACUGCAUUCGCCGAGUCACACAGGAGGAGAGGAUUGGUCUCUGUUUCCUUUCCUAGACCCAGGGAGUUACUGGAUUCUCUCGUUGUUCCAGCAGAUGAUGGGAUGGUGAGUGAGAAUGAGGAGGAAGAUGCUCAGCAGGGAGGCCUUGAGAAGGUGGAUGCCCAGGGCACGAUGCCGGGCAAGUCCAAGGGAAGCGUUCCCCAGAGUGCUGAUGUGGGGAAAGCCAGCGAGGGCCCACAGAAAGUGGAAGGACAGCCGAGGAAGCCCUCAGGCAAGAGGCAGGGCAAAUCCGCUCACCGUGGUUUCAAAAAGUUCCACCAGCGGAGCCUGCUGGGGCACAGCCGGUGCCAUGACUGCGGCAAGAGCCUGGGCUUCGGCUCGGGCUUCAACAAGCGCCCACGUCUGCGCAGCGCUGAGAAGCCCUACAAGUGCAACGAGUGUGGCAAGUGCUUCCGGCUCAGUUCCACUCUCAUCACCCACCAGCGCCGCCACGCCAGCGAGAAGCCCUACAAGUGUGCCGACUGCGGCAAGAGCUUCAGUGUGGGCUCAGCCUUCAUCCAGCACCAGCGGGUCCACACUGGCGGCGUCAAGCCCUGCCAGUGCAAUGUCUGCGGCAAGAGCUUCAGUGCCAGCACCAGCCUGGUCAAGCACCAGAAGCUGCACCUGGAAGAGAAGCCUUACAAGUGCGACGAGUGCGGCAAGGGCUUUAACUGGAACUCGCACCUGGAACGCCACCGACGCAUCCACACCGGCGAGAAACCCUACACCUGCCCUGAAUGUGGGAAGAGCUUCAGCUGGAGCUCCCACCUGGACCGCCACCGCCGCACCCACCUGGGCGGGGAGAAGGCCUGCAAGUGCACUGACUGCGGUCGUUGCGUUGGCCCUAAUGGCACCAAGCCCCAGCGCGGAGGAGGAGCCGCCGCCGCCGCCACCGAGAAGCCCUACCAGUGCCCCGAAUGUGGCAAGGGCUUCAACAAGAGUGCCACGUUGGCCAAGCACCGGCGUUCCCACACAGGCGACAAGCCCUACAAGUGCGAGGAGUGUGGCAAGAGCUUCGGGCUGAGCACCUCCCUGCUGCAGCACCAGCGGAGCCACGCAGCCGGCAAGCCCUACCAGUGCGGCGACUGCGGCAAGAGCUUCGCCUGGAGUUCCCACCUGGACCGGCACCGGCGCAUCCACAUGGGGGAGAAGCCCUACCGCUGCGGGGACUGCGGCAAGAGCUUCUCGCAGAGCUCCCACUUGGAGCGGCACCAGCGGGUGCACCUGGGCUCAGAGCAGCCCUGCCAGUGCACCGACUGCGGGAAGAGCUUCCUGGCCAGCGCCAAGCGGCGCCGCGUGCUGAGCGGGGAGCGUCCCUGCAAGUGCACUGACUGUGGGAAGAGCUUCCUGUGGGGCUCCCGCGCCAGGCCUUCCCCUGCGGCAGAGAGGACCCACAAAUGCACGGAGUGCGGGAAGAGCUUCACCUACCGGGCGGAGAACGUCAAGCACCAGGGCACGCAGACGGGCGAGAAGCCCUACACCUGCCCUGAGUGUGGCAAGAGCUUUGGGCAGAACUCGGCCCUGGUGAAGCACCGGCGCAUGCACACCGGCGAAAAGCCCUACAAGUGCGAGGACUGCGGGAAGAGCUUCAGCGUCCGCUCCAACCUCAUCAAGCACCAGCGCACCCACCUGGGCGAGAAGCCCUACAAGUGCCCUGACUGCGGCAAGGGCUUCAUCCAGAAGUCGGACCUGACCAAGCACCGGCGCAUGCACACUGGGGAGAAGCCCUACAAGUGCAACGUCUGUGGGAAGUGCUUCAGCGUCAGCUCCAACCUCAUCAAGCACCAGCGCAUCCACCUGGGCGAGAAGCCCUACCAGUGCUCUGAGUGUGGCAAGAGCUUCAUCCAGCGCUCGGAGCUCACCAUCCACCAGCGUGUGCACACUGGCGAGAAACCCUACAAGUGCCCCGAGUGUGGGAAGUGCUUCAGCCGCAGCUCCCACCUCAACCGGCACCAGCGCACCCACACCGGCGACAAGCCCUCGCUGCUCUCCGCCACCAAGAACUCCGCUGCUGCUGCCGCCAGCAACCCCCUGCAAGCCUCCUCUGCCUUCUCCUCCGCCUCCUUCUCCUCCCCGCUGGGCACCUCCUCCGCCCCCCUCCCUGCCCUACCCUCUUUCCCUUCCUCCCCCUCACCCAUCUCCAUCCCCGCCCUCUCCAACAACCCGCUGGAUCUGCCCUGGGCCCUGUCCUUCCCUUCCCGUGCCUUCCCCCACCCUUCCUUCCCCUCGCCUGCUCCAUCCGGGGCCUCGGCUUCAUCACUGAUAAACUAACCACCCCCGCAGCCUCUUUGUUCCCCCUCACUCCCCCUAAUUCUUACCUGCAUCCCUUUUCACCUCCUCCAUAUCUCCCCCCUUUGCCCUGCCUUUUGCCACCCCUCUCACUCUCUCUGCUCCCAGGGCUGUGCAGUUGGCUUCCUACUCUCCUGCUCUUUCCUCCUUCCCCAUUCCUUCUCCUCCUCCAAAAUUCACACCAUCCACCUCUUCUUCCCGUCUCCUUCCCCUGCACACAUCCGGCUCCUCCCACUUCCCCUCCCUUCUCGAUGCCUCCAGCUUCCAUACUGGUGACCCAUCCAACAAGACUGCAACUUGCUUCCUGUCUCCAAUGUCCUCAUCUGACUUGCAGCACUGUAUCAGUUUCCUUGACUCUAUCACCUGCUCCUUGCCAUACCCAGUUCCCUUUCUGGCCCCUCUUAGGCUCUGAGUUCUUAUUCCCCAGUAAUCAAGUUACCUCUUUCCAUAUAGCCCUCUUCCCACAUAAUGCCUGCCCAGCUUGAUGUUCCUCCCAUGAUCUCCCGUCUGUGCCUUCCUUGAUGUUCUCAGCCCCUUCCUCAUCUCACUACAAAUUCACACCAAGAAGUGUGAGAUUCAUUAUUUAUGAUCCAUUAGCCACGGAAUCCCUCGCACCUCCAUCCUUUCUAGUCUAUAUCACCACGCCCUAGUUUAUGCUUCUAUUCCAACUCCCUUGCUGUAAGGAGUCUCUGGAGAAUAUCCUAUGAUGAUGCAUAUUUCCUCCACUGAAGGUUAAUACUCAUUCUGUUCUAUCAUUUUCCUUGCCUAACUCUGCCCAUCACCCAUCCCUCGAUCUAGGUACAGCCAAUGCCUCCUUCUCCCUGAUUAUAGCCUAGAGCUAGAUGAACAGAGAAAGUUAUUUGUGAAUAUGUUCCUGUUCAAAUGGGAUAAGUUCUAUUUUGCUCCCCUUUGUGGGAUCAUAUUAUUCUAUGUUAUUGUUAUUCACACGUAGAGCUGUUCAGUUGGGGGUUUUUUGUUUUGUUUUGUUUUUAAGAAAAUAUUUUUUGACAAAACAUGUCCUUUUUUAAAAAUGAACAGGGUUUUUUUUUGCAAAAUCAUUUGGAGUUUUUUUUCAAAUUUUUCAAUUUUGUUUUUUACAGAAAUAUUGCAAAUAUUUUAGCCUCUUGUUCUUUGAGGUGAGUUUUUUUCACAUUUUCAUGUCAUUUUUGGUUUCCAUUUUGUUUUAUUUCCAUUGCCAGUUUUGAUUGGUGAGCUUAGUAAAAUGCUGGUAAUUAUUCAAAAUCAAAACAAAUCUUUCAUUGUCCAAAAAUUUUCAUUUCAGAUUCAAACAUUCCAUUUGCUAAAAUUAUUAUUUUAAAAAAUGAAAACUAAUCUAUGAAAAAAUUCUGAAGAUUUAGAAAAAAUGAAAAUUCAACAACAAUUUUUAAAAGCAAAGGAACAUAAAUACUUUUGAAAUGUUCACAGUUAAAAAAGAAAAGUUUCAGCCAGUUUUAUUAAUGGAGUGCCUGCAACUUAUUUGUGAAAUUGUUCACAAAUGCAGAACUUUCCAACAAAUUUUCAUAUUCAUAUGUAUCAGGGGUAGCCGAAGUUAGUCUGUGUCCACAAAAACAAGAAGAAGUCCGGUGGCACCUUAAAGACUAACAGAUUUAUUUGGGCAUAAGCUUUCAUGGGAUGCAUCUGAAGAAGUGAGGUCUUUUACUCAGGAAGCUUAUGCCCAUAUUCAUAUGUGUUUGUUCAAAAAUAUGCACUGGAAAGUGUGAUGAUAUCCCUAUUUACAAAAGUUUCACUCACCCAAUCAGGAAGCAGAAACAAUACCAAAUGACUUAGGUGACCAAUGGUACAAAAGACAAUCUUGAUCAAUAUUCCACCUGCCUUCUCCUCUCUCCCCCCAUCCAGAACUUUGCUAAGUAUUUCAGACAAGGGAAAGAAAUCAAUGCCAUCUGGUAGGAGUCAUCUGCCCCUUGACUCCCUGUCCCCCACCCAUGCUGCCCCAACUCUUUUCUGAACCCCAGUUCCGUUUGCUCGUCCUUUGAGCUGUCCUCAUCUCCUUUCAGCUCUUGAUUUCCCUUUCUCUAGUUCUCUUCUGGACUGGUCUAUACUAAAAAGUUAGAUCGAACCAGCUACAGUGCUCAAGAGUAUGAAAAAUCCACACCCCGGAGCGACGUAGUUAAGCCGACCUAACCCCCAGUGUAGACAGCACUAGGUUAAUGGAAGAAGUCUUCCACUGACUUAGCUACCAUCUCUCAGGGAAGUGGAUUGCCUACACCGAUGGGAGAACCUCUCCUGUCUGCAAGGUAGUAUCUACACUGAAGUGCUGUAGCUGCACUGCUGUAACAUUUCAAGUGUAGAGAAUCCCUCUGUAUUCCUUCCAUCAGCCUUCCAGCAUUCACUCCAGCACAGCAGGAUCCCAGCUCCCUGACUUCCCUCCCACUCCGUCCUAACCCUGUUUUCUCUGCCUGUGUUGGCAAUUCCGCUGUCCUCUUGACUGGCCAGAGUCACCCCCUCAGAAUUAUUGCAGACUCCAAUCUCUCCAUUCCCUUCUACCCCAUCCUGGCUGUCUGCAGCUCCCAACAGUUCUUCCUCUUGCAGCAUCCCCCUUUCUUUCCCACUGCUCCCUGGCCCAUGCUUUGUCCAUGUCUCAACGUGACCACUGCAUCCUGCUGCCCUCCAGCCUCCUUGCUUCCCACUUCACAUCCCUUCAGUCCAUGCUGGCCAUCUUCCUUGCUCUCUGCUCCAGCUAUACCACCCACCUCCCAGAUUCCCAUCCCUGCUUCUUCCUGCAGCAGUAUUGUACCUCUCGCAUCUGAUCCUGCAGUCUGUCCCAUCUCAGCAUUGAUUUCUUUGGGACUCAAGCAUGUACUCGAGUGCUUUGCUGAGCUGGGUCCCUCAUCCUCCCCUCCAAGGCUGCAUGAGGCUGCUCCAGCCUCCAUCCCGGAUCUUAUCUCCUCCUGUGCCCCACCCCCUCGCUCCAUCUUCCCGCCUACAUCCCCCUGCCUAAUCAUGCCCGGCGUGGCCUUCAGCAGUUGGGCCAGAGCCUGAGUUAGUGCAAAUCUGCAUCACUGGGGCAAACACCAGGUUAUGCUAGCUGAGAGGCCAUAUCCCAUCUUCUCCAUUGUGUUCCUUAUGGGAAGGUGUAAUAAGGAGGGAAUGAGGGGGCAUAUCCGGGCAUUGGAUAAAAGUUAAACAAGAAAGUAGGAAAGGUUUAAAGCCCGAAUCCUGAAACACAUAAGCACAUGCUUAAUUGAUACAGUCCCAGUGAAAUCAGCAGGGCGACUCACAGUGCAUAAGGCUAAGCAUGAGCAGCGGUGUGUGCAGGCUGAGGGCCUAAAUGAAUAAACCUAAUAAUCGUAAUAAUUCAAGAAAAGUGCAAAGAGUUAAAAGACGUUUCUGGAAAACCAGUGGAAAAGGAGAGGGUUAAACACAAGUGUGCAAAAUGCUAAAGAGUUAAAAGAAAAUCAAAAAAGAAGAAAACAAAAAAGAGUUAAAGGAAAAAAACCUAAAAAAUAGCAAAUAAGAAAGGUUCAAGAUUUUAAAAAGAAAAUAGGGAAGAGUUGAAAAACAUAGAACUGUAAAUGGUUAAAAUUAAAAGAAAUUAGGAAAGGAUUAAAUGUUUAAGAAAGGAAUUGCAAGGGGUUAAAAAUUAAAAGUAAAUGAAAGGUUUAAAAUAGAAAUAAAAACCAGAAUUGGACGGUAUUAAAAAUAAAAUUUGAAAUAUUUAAGAGUAUAAGAAAAUAGAUUUUAAAAAAUGGAAGAAAAAACAGGAAACUGUAAAAGGUUAAAAAGUUAUAUGAAAAUAGGAAAGCCUUGGUUGGAUUUAGCAUGUGGGUGCUGGUGACCCAUGAGGUACAGGAGGUCAGACUAGAUCAUCCGGUCAUCCCUUCUAGCCUUAAACUCUGAUUACGUACAACAAGAAGAGGAAAGUUAAAGAAAAUGUGUAUUAAAAUAAAUAGAAACAAGGCAACGGUUAAAGAUAAAAACAGAGAAAGGGGUAAAAAUAAUUUUUGAAACUAAUAGAGAAUAUUUUAGGCAAUGGUUCAAAUCAUAUAAAAACAACUGAAACAAAACAAUAGACAUUGUGGAAAGGAGGAAACAAUAAAUGAGAAGAAUCAGGCACGCAGCUGAUGAUCCGAAAGGCAUCCAGGCAUUGGUGUCCAGUGAAACUUAUGGCAACUGCAGAUGCUGAUACAGCCUGAACCCUGCAAAUGCUCAUACAUGUGGGGUGAAAUUCAUCCCUGAUAUGGAGAACCCCCCAUGUGGAGUCACUGAGCUCAGCCACCCUGCAGGCAUGCAGGUUGUAACAUGAGGCCCCUAGAUGAGAUGUCAGCAGCUGGAAUCCUGGACCUCUGGAUCUCAAAGCAUGAGCUGAAAGCUGUGCUGCUUGAGCUAAAAGAAUUGGCUUUGAUAGCUCAACAGAACAUGAUAGCACUCAUACAUCUCUAUGUGAUCCACCACUAAAGAGGGACAGAAAACCACACUGAGUAAGCAUGUAUGUGUCCCUGAUCUCUUUGUGGGAAGGUGCCCUGGGACUAAUGCAAAGGGGCUGCCUGCUGCUCUAGAGUAGAGGUUGGAGUAGCAGCUCCAAGGGACCUGAGCAACAGCCAGGGGCGGAGGUGAAUGGAGUCUGGAUAUCCGGGCAGAGACUGUAAACUUUACUCACCUGGGUCACCUGGUUAAGCUGGCUGGGACCGUGUGUGAACAGAGUCUUUGUGUCUGUGUGUGUGUGUUGGCAGGAUUAGGGUGUGACUGCCAACUGCCUUUCUCCAUCUGGUGGUGCUAUUUACACCUGUGCAAAUGUGAGUGUUAAAUAUUGAGAAUGACUCCGCUGGAGUCAUGGGGCGGGUUCCCCUCUUGCUCACCCUGGUAUAAAUCAGGAGUAACCCCACUGGAGUUACACUGAUGUAAAACUGAUGCAACAGAGCUGAGGACUCUGAGUGACUCCCAUGGGACUACUCAUGUAAUUGUUGCUGGCAGACUAAGCCCCUGGGGGACCCGAUACACAGGCAGCUGCUCUCAUGCAGAUCUUUACUGGCAUUCAUAGGCAAUGUGGGAGUAAUAAAGUUUUAGGGCCAGAUCCUCAGCUGCUGGAACCUGGCAGAGCUGCAUUGACUUAACUGGAGCUAUGCCAAUUAAACCAGCUGAGGAACUGGCUGAGGUAACUGUUUGCAGGCUCAUAGAAGUUCUGGGGGAAGAGACCUGGAUACCUAGCUCAAUUUCAGGGCACAUUGGGCCAGAUCUGGAGUAAUCCUGAGCACCUGCAAUGAUACCACCACAAUGGGCGCUAGAAAAAAACCUGCAGAUACACUGGUGCUUGGCAGCUCCCCCUGGAUUUGGCCCAGCAUUCCGUCAUGAUGCUGAGAAUGGAUGCUAUGUGGGGAACACCUCCCCGUGCUGGUGGAGCAGGGUCCUGCCCUCUCUUCAGAUCCCUGCAAAGUGCAGCUGUGCUAAUCCACUGCCCACAAAAGCUUGACUUAUUUACUUGUUAAUAACAAACACUGCCCUGCUCUGUGAUGCUCCAGUGACUAGUCAUCCAGGGAGGUACUGGGCCCAAGACCUGCCAGAGGUUCAAGCACCAGUUUGUUCCUGGACCUCUGGCAAGCCCUGGGCUUGGGGCCAAAUUUCCCCCUUUCUCUGCUUCAUGUGUCUGAGCUGCUGUGUUCUCUUUGUUUCUUAGGUUGUAAGCUCCUUAAAGCAGGGACUGUCUUUUUCUGUGUUCUGUGGGGCAAGAGCACAUGCUAGCUACUCAAUGUAGAACAAACAGACGGUGGUAGUGGUGGAGGGGAAGUUGAUGGCCUAUCAGAGAUUCCAUGCCAGAGAGAGAACCAUUAUAAAUGUCCUGGUGUGGCCGGAGCUCAUGACUUGCGACACAUCAGAGGACUCGCUUUGGAGAGACACCCUUAUAAGUGACCUGACUGAAGGGGAACGCUUGGGUGAGAGCUCACUCCUUGUUAUGCACCACAGACUCUGCACUGGAGAGAGACCCUAUAGAUGCCCUGGUGAGGGCUGACUGCAGUGCAUAUCAGAGGCAUGAGUACGCAGCUGUCUGUCCCUGGAUUCAGGGGGCAUCAGCAGGUGACCCCAAGCUGAUUGGUGAUCCUCUGACUCCACCCAGCCUAGCAGAUCCCAGGUGGGUGAGGGAGAGAGAACCAUCCUCCUGUAGCUUCCAGCCCCUGGAUGAAGAUUCCCUCCCCAUGCCCUGUGGUCUGCACUACUCCCACUGCUGGGCCCAGCAGAAGAGGAACGGAGAACCCCAGUCCUCUGGAUACGUCUCCCUCAUCUUUGAGCCUGGGAACAGGGAUGUUGGGCACAUCACGCCUUCCCAAGAAGACCUGAGACCCAGUGGCCUUCUGUCUCUUAGCAUGUCCGUUGCCUGGAUCUGUUUCUGGGGUGGCAGUGAGGAGGUGGAUGUGUCCUCAUAACCCCUUUUCUUCCAAAUUCUUCCAGGACACCUGGUGGGUCUCCCCCUAGUGUUCUCCACUGAGCUAAAGGGUAGCCCCUGGUUCCUAUGAGAGAAACGGAUGGGGACCAAGGUUGAAGGGAGCUGAGUGGGGAAUGGAGAGGGGAGGGUUGAGUGUUUGAGGAUGGGGGAGAUGAGAGCCAGAGUAGGAGGGAGCUGUGGGGUGGGUAGAAAUGGGAUUGAAUGUUUGGUGAUGCGGUAAUGGGAAUUAGAGAGGAAGGGAAUGCUGGUUGUGAAGGAUCAAAUGUUGAGAGGUUGAGGAGGAAGGGGCAGGAUUGGAGAAAUGCUGCCCCUGUAUCAUUCUCCCUCUCUGCCCCCAACCCUGCCUCCCUCCACUUCCCCAGGCAGUUUCUUCACUUCUGUCCCAUCUCCUGCUCAGACUUGACUUGGGGAGUUUCCCUGUAGCAGUGACUCAGACAAGAUAAAGGGAGAGACUCCUAAAUCAGCGGUUCAUGGGACCUGCUGGACCCAACCUAUCCAGCAGGGGUAAUAUGGGGAGUCAGAGGAGAGAAGAUGUGAGGGACGAAGAGAUAGGUGUGAGUAACACUCAUGAGCGUGGGAUGAGAGAUUCUAUUAAAGGAAAAAUCUUUAUUGCAGCGUGUGAUUAACCUGUGGAACCUGCAGCUGCAGGAAAUUACUGGGGCAUACCGCUCCACAAAAGCCUCUCCUAGCUCCAGAGUGCAAGCUGGGACUCUGCAUUGUCAUAACCGCAUGACAGCUCAGUGCCUCCUCCCAGGUGGACCUGCCUUGGACCAGCACCAAGUAAAAGGACAAUCUCCCUGAAGGACAGAGACACAAAUGUAUCUGGUCCUGAUCCUACUCCAGGUGGUGGUCCCACCUCUUCCAAGUGAAGGUCUUUGUAUUAUUCAAGAAAGAAGCUGGGGAGAUGACCUCCUUGGUCAGGCCUGAAUCCUUCCUGACCCACAUCACCAAAGGCAGAGGGAGAAGACAACCUUGACAUUCAGCUGGGCAUCUUCCACCCCAUCUGCCACAGAGUGCUGGGUGGGGAUGACAGAGACUGACUCUCUGCUGCACUCAUCCCCAGAGGGGAUAAAAGCCUCACCUAGGAUCAGAGAUGCUGGAACCUGCCCCUUGCCUGUGAGAGUGGGUGCCAGCCGACAAGAGGUUAAUGCUAAAAUAUUAGAUGGUAAUUACUUAACUACAAUUUAACUGAGAUUUAUAUAUUUUCUAGUAUCUGCUUGUUUGCUUUUGUAACUGGCGCCAACUGUCUCUCUUCGAUUUGCCUGUACUUUCUGAUCGGCUUGGAAAUGUUUUACUGCUUGUGAACAGCAACGUGCCCAUUUGUUUUUCUGAAAUGCAAUGUACUGGAUUGAAAUUUUUGUGCAUUGAGUUGUCAUGAUGGCUCUGUUUUUAUUUUACUUUACUUCAUUCUCUUUCUUUCAAUGAGUAGUAAUAAAUUAGAAUUUAGUUAUCCCAA